GCAUGUGCUGUUCUAGUGUUGAAAAACACAGAAAGUGUCACCUUUCGUCAUUCUCAGAGAGUAACUAAAAUGUGGGUUCAAUCAUAUGGAAAUCCAUUUUUAUUAAAUACUCGAAACAGUGUCUUAAGUCGCCGAAAGUGACACUGUUUGGCAUUCCCAGGGGACGCAAACAUUUGCACCCAUUGGGCCAAAAACUACACCAAAAUAAACAAUAUUUCUUAAAAGCAUGUCGGAUGUUGAAGAUGUACCCGAAACACAGAUGGAAAACGAUGAAAGCGGCGGCGCAGGAUUGGAGGAAGAGGAUGACGAUGAUAUGGAACAGAUAACAGCUCAAAAGGUGCUGGAGAUCCUGGAGACAGCAUGGAUCAACGAGAUGUGCGCCCCGGAGAUCCUGCCCAGUCAAACGGACAUGCUGGAGCUGAUGGUCUCCCAAGUGGCCCACAUGGAGGAGCAGAUGCGCGACCUGGACAAGAAUGAUUUUCGGGCCGUGGUGCACGCAAUGGAACUAGAGAGGGUGCGAUAUAUAAUGGCCAGCUAUCUGCGGUGUCGCCUCCAGAAAAUCGAGACCUUCACGCAGCACAUUCUGAAUCAGGAGGAGAGUCGUGAACCGGAGGACAAACGCCUGUCUCCGGAGGAGACCAAGUUCGCCCAGGAGUUUGCCAGUAAUGUGGACGAGUACUUCCAUAAGGUUGCCACCCAGUACAUGCCCAAUCAGCAGCGAGGAGAAGCCGAACAGAGGAUAGUAACUCCCAACCUGAUGAGCCAUGUCUUCCUUAAAGCGAACGUCGCAGUGCCCGCUGUGAUCGUGGGCGUCGAUGAUGAGGAGGUUGACAUGACAGCCGGCUCCCAGCACAUUAUUCCUUACCAACUAGUAGCUGACUUGAUACAAAAUAAUCAGGCGCAGCUAAUUUAGCAGGCUUCAUUAACGGGUAAUCUACAUUAUAAUUAAAGGAAAUUAUGAAAAACCAAA